AUGGCUUGUCUACAGCAGAUAGAUCAAACAGAAGCUGCUUGUCUUGCUGCUUUGACAAAUCCUGAUCAUUUUAAUGUACGUGAUUCAGAAGAAAUUAAAACUGGUGUUGAGCAAACAAUUCAACGCUUCCUGGAUGUUGCAAAGCAAAUGGAAUGUUUUUUUCUUCAGAAGCGCUUGCUGCUGUCUGUGCAAAAGCCAGAACAUAUUGUUCUUGAGAAUAUCACUGAACUGAAAAAUGAACUACUAAGAAAAACUCAUCUCCUCAACAAGUACAACGAAAAGCACCAGGUAUGGCAAAAUCUCCUACAGCAAGAAAUACCGGGAACUCCGAGACCUCCUCCUCCGGCAGUCAAUCUCCAACCCCCGCAGAAUCUGCCACAAAUGCAAGGUCCUCCACCGCAACAGAUGCCCCCGAUGCAGGUGGUGCCACAGGGUGGGGCUCCACCCGGCCACCCCCACCACAUGAUGCAACAGCACAUGGUGCCACCCAUGACUUCCUCCCCGGCACCCAACAUGCAAGGCGGCAUGAUGAUGCAAUCGCAGCAGAUGCAUCCACAACACAUGGCAGCAGCUCAACAAGGUGGACUGCAAGGGCCCUUGGCAUAUUUAGAAAGGACCAUGUCUAACAUUGGGAUGCCUGAUAGUGGAAGGUGAAUUCUUAAUGUUUGUUUAUGUAAGAUGCAAAGGAUAUAUGAGGCAGUGAGAAGCAAAGGGAUGCAAGUGGCAAAAUUAAAAAUUUGGAGAUAACCAGUACAAAUGGUAGGUGAACCUCUCCUCUGUCUUGGGGCAAGAGAUUGUACUAGUAGCCCUGGUAGGCACUGCUGUACAGCGUGAUAUAGAAAAAAAUUUCAAUGAAAGCCUACCUAGGAUCUGAUCUUUAAACGCGUUUUACUCGAAACUUAAAAUAGUCCACGCAUCCCUUUGCUUCUCAUUGCCUCAUAUGAAGAAGUGAGAAGUAAAGGGAUGCAAGUGGCAAAAUUAAAAAUUUGGAGAUAACCCGGUACAAAUGGUAGGUGAACCCCUCCUCUGUCUUGGGGCAAGAGAUAGUACAAGAUGCCCUGGUAGGUGUUGCUGUACAGCAUGAUUUAGAGAAAAAAAAUUCGAUGAAAGCCUACCUAGAAAGUAGUUUUUAUAUGCAUUUUACUCUAAACUUGAAAAUGUCCACUUACAUCACUUUGCUUCUCACUGCCUCACAUAGAGAUUUGCUUGUCAUGUACGGGGAUCAGGAAGAGGCAAUCCUGAUGAGAAAUUAUUCCUUACAUGUACAAUGUACA